AUUGUUUCUUUCCGCCAAUGAAUUAUAAAAGGAAUUUCUUUGUAGCUUUUACUUUGUGACUCUUCUGCUUGGAAUCUUUGGAGGAUGGGUUCUCAUUUGCUUUGUGUCUGAAAUUUCUGCCUUACCCAUCUCUCUGUUUUUUUUUUUUCUUUUCUUUUUCUUCCCUUAGAUUCUUCUUCACUAUAUAUAUUGUUUGUGGAUUUGAAAGGAUGAUUUUAUGAAAUUGUUUCUUAAUAAAGUACAAUUGGUCUGUAUGUCUAUAUGAUACAUUAGUAUGAACAGGAUUUUUUAAGCUGGUUUGAGAUAAGGAUAUGAGCUUUUGGGGGACUGGUGGACUUCAUGUUUUCAACAGCUAAAACAUGGGUUACCCUUGUGUUUUGUAUUGAAGGAUCACAAUGACAACUAGCAUACCUGCUGGAGGUGGCAAACUGAACUAUGGAGUGGGUGACUGCAAGAGACAAGGUUGUAGAAGAUCUUCAUGGAUCACCAGCGUGACUUUUAGCAGAUGCAUACAAAAAGAAAUUUCAUGGUCACGAAGGGUAUCCAAGUUUUUGCGCAUCCAGAGAUGUAGUUCUUCCCAAUCUCCAAUUACUGAGAACUGGAAGUCCAUCAGAACUGUUACUUCAUACAAAAGAGAUGGUUCAACCAAGUAUUUUGAUUUUGCUGUCAUUGGUAGUGGAGUUGCUGGUCUUCGCUAUGCCCUUGAAGUUGCAAAACAUGGAUCUGUAGCAGUGAUUACCAAGGCUGAGUCUCAUGAGAGUAAUACAAAGUAUGCUCAAGGAGGUGUUAGUGCGGUGCUGUGUCCUACGGAUUCUGUGGAGAGUCAUAUGCAGGACACCAUUGUUGCAGGGGCUUAUCUAUGUGAUGAGGAGACUGUCAGGGUUGUCUGUACUGAAGGACCUGACAGAAUUAGGGAAUUGAUUGCUAUGGGUGCAUCAUUUGAUCAUGGAGAGGAUGGAAAUUUGCAUCUAGCAAGGGAAGGGGGCCACUCCCAUCACAGGAUUGUACAUGCUGCUGAUGUGACUGGAAGGGAGAUUGAGCGGGCCCUAUUGGAAGCAGUAUUAAUGGAUCCUAACAUUACCAUGUUUGAACACCAUUUUGCAAUAGAUUUGCUUACUUCUCAGGAUGGUUCUGACACAGUUUGUCUUGGUGUUGACACCUUAAAUACUGAAACACUAGAGGUCAUACGAUUUAUUUCCAAGGUGACUUUACUUGCAUCAGGUGGGGCCGGACAUAUCUAUCCAACAACUACAAAUCCUCCGGUAGCCACUGGAGAUGGAAUUGCUAUGGCUCAUCGAGCAGAAGCUGUGAUUUCAAACAUGGAAUUUGUGCAGUUCCACCCAACAGCCUUAGCUGAUGAAGGUCUUCCCAUUAGACCAACCAAGACCCGAGAAAAUGCAUUUCUCAUCACUGAAGCUGUCAGGGGAGAUGGAGGGAUCCUUUACAAUCUAGACAUGGAAAGGUUCAUGCCAAUGUAUGAUGAGAGAGCAGAGCUAGCUCCUAGGGAUGUGGUGGCAAGAGGCAUAGAUGACCAACUGAAAAAGCGUAAUGAGAAGUAUGUGCUACUUGAUAUAAGUCACAAACCUAGGGAGAAAAUUCUCAGUCACUUCCCUAACAUAGCUGCUGAGUGUCUACAGUAUGGGUUGGAUAUAACCCGCCAUCCAAUACCAGUUGUUCCCGCAGCUCAUUAUAUGUGUGGAGGAGUUCGUGCAGGGCUCCAAGGGGAGACAAAUGUUCAAGGCCUGUAUGUGGCAGGUGAGGUUGCAUGCACAGGUUUGCAUGGUGCAAAUCGACUAGCUAGCAACUCAUUACUUGAAGCGCUGGUUUUUGCCCGAAGAGCUGUGCAGCCUUCAAUUGAUCACAUGAAGAGCUCUAACCUUGAUUUCAGUGCUUCAAAUUGGUGGGCCAGGCCUUUUGUGCCUAUGGCACUUGGAAUCAAUAUUACCGACAAAAUUAUACAAAUGACGAAGGAAGUAAGGAAGCAAUUGCAAGCAAUCAUGUGGAAGCAUGUGGGCAUCGUUCGGUCUACAAUGAGGCUUAAAACUGCAGAGAGAAAGAUUGGAGAGCUGGAGGCUAAGUGGGAGGAGUACUUGUUUCGUGAAGGAUGGGAACCAACUAUGGUGGGACUUGAGGCUUGUGAAAUGAGGAACCUUUUUUGUUGUGCAAAGCUAGUGGUGAGCAGCGCCCUUGCUAGGCAUGAAAGCCGUGGGCUUCACUACACAAUUGAUUUUCCUCAUUUAGAGGAAAGUUUGAGGCUGCCCACAAUCAUCUUCCCUUGUUCACCUGUGAAGGGUACAUGGAGUUCUCAGCAACUACACAAACAGUCAAAAUAUUUAGAACUACAGCCUUAAGAGGAUAUAUAAUCCACUUGAAUUGAUCACAGGGUACAUUUCUUGUUGUAUUUGAAAUCUAGCAUUAAUGAAAAUCUUUAGUUAGGGUUGAAAUCUGUCUUACAGCAAUGUGGGCAGCUUGGUGAGAAUUGCACCGGGUUAUGGCUUUUUACUUAGGAUUUUCUAUUUACAAGGUUCUGAUUCUUUGUUUUGGGUUAUAGAAAGAUAAUUUCUUCAACUUAGCAUGGGAAUAUUUAUAGUAUUUUGAUUCCUUUGUAUGUUUAUUUACAAAUUGUAAAUAAGUUAUCAUCAACUACAUAUCUGCAGCACUGGUUGCCUUCUACUCUUUUUGAUUCAA